UCAACUGGUUAGUGCUUCUCUACGUUCUCAUCCUCUUCAAAUUGUCCACUUGCGGCAUCUUGUCGUACCUCCAGUACGUUCGUCCAUCCGUGUGUUUAGAUGUGACAUAUCCCCUGUGAACCGAAAGGAAGGCAGCUGCAGACGUCUAUAUUUUGUUAGAGCAAUCUAGAUCGAUAGUUCAGGGCAGCUGCCUAUUCUCAUCAUCUACUGGGUAUUUCUCCUGUGAAACCAGAACGCUAUGGUUCGCAGUCGAUCUCGAAGCAGAGAACAUCGACGGGAUCGCCGAGAUCGCUCGCGAUCCCGCGAAGACCGCGAACGUCGGAGGCGAGAACGAGAUCGUGAACCUCGCGAAGGCCGCGACCGCGACCGAAUUGAACGCGAUAGAGAGGAACGUUAUGGCCGUAGACGGUCGCGUUCCAGAGAUCGUGAUGGCAGGAGAAAAGACAGGGUCUUGAGUCGUGAUAGGCGUGAACGAAAAGAUAAAGACGGAACUGGGCCGCCAGGACCGAAAAGAAACGCAGUACCAGACUAUCUGAUGGAGAAAAAACCACUUACUGAAGCGGACUUUGCCGGCAAAGACGACGAAGAAAUUGAAAUGAUGAAAAUGAUGGGUUUUGGUGGGUUUGAAUCUACUAAGGGACGGAAGGUCCCGGGGAAUGACGUAAGUGGUGUACAUGUAAUUCAGAAAAGGAAGUACCGCCAGUAUAUGAAUCGAAAGGGCGGAUUUAAUAGACCGCUAGAUUUUGUCGUGUAAGAAAUUUUUGAGACU